AUGGCAUUACUUCAGAAUAUGAAGAAAAACUUGGAAAAAAUCAAGGAGAAAGAGUCCAUGGCAUUGCAGGUUGUUUAUAAACUUCUCCAACCUGUCUCAGAAGAAGAACUACUUCUACUGAUCCAGACUCUCUCACUUAAUUACUAUGAAGAUGUUGUGGAAGAAAGGGCUCUCACAGAUCUGUGCGGAUAUCCUCUUUGCUCCCAGUGCUAUGAGGCAUCCAAGUACUUGAAGGAACAGUUGCCCAAAACAGCUGUCUGGUUGAAGGAUGGAGAGAAGGAACACAGUGGUACACCGAUUGUACUUCUGCCUUUGGACAAAGUCAAAGGUGCAGCUGGGGAGGAAGUCCUUUUCCCACAUCCUGCGAAGUGGCAACCUGAGGAGAAAUUUCCAGUAGUUUCCAAGCAGAAUUUAUCAAGUCCUUUCCACACUUCCCAGCCUUCUGAUGAACUUCACAAUCCUUUGGAUGAACCUAGUUCCAAACCUUCUGGUGAAUCUCACUUACCCCAGAAUGAACACAAAGACAGGCAUGUGGAUGAUAGAAAUAUCAAAGAAACAGAGCCAAGGACAAGCACUGUUGGUGUGACAGAAACUGAAGUGAACACCAAAGAGCGACAGAAUGCUAAGCAGCUUGCUGCCACCAGCAGACUCAAGGCUAACAAUGAAGAUCCAGCAGAAGUGGUGGGAAUGGGGGAUUUCAAGGAUAAUCCAAUGUUGGAGGUAGAGAGACAUCUAUUGGAGUGGUUCACAGUUGAUACCCUCAUCCUGUUGGAGGGCAGGGAUGUGGUUGCCAGCAAGAUUCAGGAAUUAAGAAACACUCUUCAGCAAGAGAAAGUUAGUGGAGAUGAGUGGAGUCCUCAGAGUGAGAUAGAACUUCAGUUACUCUGCUAUCGGUUGGAAGCAAUGGAUAUUGACGAUCUUCAUCAGUCUAAGGGAUAUUCUGAUGCCAUGAAGGAAGGCCACUCUCUUUGGAAACAGCAUGAUGCAAACUUGAAGAAAGUCAAAGCGUUUUUCCAUGGGAAUAUGGAAGAGAUGUAUCAGGAGCCAGACAUUAAGAAGGAUAAUGAUGUAUUUGAACCUUCCCUUCCAAUAGUGGACUCAAAGGCGCAAAAGACUUUGCGCCGAAAAAUAGUACUGGAAAAGAUCAAUUCUGGAUUGAGAAGCUUUCUGGGAAAUGUAGCCCUCCCCCCAGAAAAUCUCUCUAAUACCUUGAAACCACUUGUGUCAACUUUCUCUCUUACAUCCAAGAACAUCAACUUGAAACCAGCUCAGUGGCAAUUGUUGGGACUCAUCCUUCUGAGAAUGUUGAGACACCAGAAUGUCUUGCUUGGAGGGGAUUUUGAUGAAAGCCAGAAGUUCAUCAGUUCCAUCCUGCAAGGUCUCAGACUGGAUGAGGGAUACCUAGACCGUCUUAAGGGGAAGGGGCAGGAGAAAGGGGAAGACUUGAGCAUGUUGGAGGGGAGACUGAUGAAGGAGCACCUGGGAUGCGGAUCCCAAGAUCUCCAUUCUCACUGCUCACAUGACUUGUUGUGUCGAUGCUCCGAAUCUGAUGAACGAUGCAUCUUGGACUCCAUGUCUGACACAAGUUACGAGAAGGCCUCCUUUGCACUUGGACUGGUAAAGAGCACCAUGGGACUGUGCCAUCAGGCUGUGGUUGACUGGUUCAACCUAUGUCGUGAUGUCCCUGCCUGUAUGUGGACCAGGCAUGAGAAAAUGGGUGGACCCGGAAGAAUCGUGCAAAUGGAUGAGACUCUUCUUCGAGGGAAACAGAAAGCGAACAAAGGACGUCUGCUACUUGGCUAUCGAGAGCCAGAGGCAGGCGACGAGAGCUCCGAGGAUGCAGAUCUGGUUGCAGACGUUGCCAACGUUCCUGAGGGAAGGAGAAAUUACGGACGGCGCAUUGAAGGUCCUUGGGUCUUUGGACUUGCCAUGAAGCUGGACAGCGGCGUCGUGGAACAGAGCGGUGCGCACACCCAGCUGAUCGAGUCUUUGUGGACUACUCUGAAGUUGAAGGUGCUCAAAGAAAUGCUUGGCACGACCCAGGAUAUGAAGGAGCGAUACCUCAUCGAGCCAAAGCCAAAUAAAGACAUGAGAGCUUUGGUGAAAUUGGAGGGUUUGAGGGAGGAGUUCGUCAUUGAAGAAUCAAACAAACAUAUUUCCUUACCUCAUCUGAAAGAGAAUCUUUCACAACAUGUCUGUGGUGCAAAACUCCUUGAGCAGGCCUUCUUCAUGAAACAUGGGAAACUUCUAACAGAAGGAACUCCAUUGGAAGAUGGAGACAGAAUUCAGAUGUGCUUUCGCACUUUGGGAGGCAAAGGAGGCUUUGGUUCCAUGCUCAGAGCCAUUGGUGCACAGAUUGAGAAGACAACUAAUCAUGAAGCGUGUCGUGACCUCAGUGGUCGACGUCUACGUGACAUAAAUGAAGAGAAGAAAUUGAAAAAUUGGCUGGAGAAGCAGGCAGAACGAGAAAAAGAAGCAGAAGAGCGAAGGAGACAGCGACUACAGAGGAUGCUGGUUGAACCUAAACAUGAGUUCAAUGAUCCCAAUUAUGACAAAGCACGGUCAGAGAUACCUGACAAGAUUCAUGAUGCAGUGGAGCAAGCCUUCCAAAAAAAUGCACCUGCAACUUCUGGUGUAAAGCGACCAUCUCUACAUGAUAAUGAAGAUGCUCCUCCAAAGAAAAAAGGUGUUUUAGACAAAUUUGGUAUUGGAAUUGAUGAGGAGGAAAUGAGUGAAGAGGAUUUGAGUGAUGAAGAUGGGAAAACUGAUGAUGGAGUAACUGGCAAGAAAAAUAUGGCAUCAGCAAUGGAAGUGGAUGAAGAUGAGGUGGAGAUGCCCUCAUCAUCCACCUCAAAGGGAGACAAGAAGCGCUUUGAAGUCAAGAAGGAACUUCCAAAGUAUUGUAGUGAAAAAGAUGAGCCUAUGGAACUGGAGAAGGAGCUGGAAAGCAAUAUCUGUCUCUUGUGGGAUAUGACAGUUGAGCCAGCUGUGGCCAUACUUGUCAUUCAACAUGGCAUUUUGGAUGUCAUCACAGAGACAGUUCGCAAGUCCUGCUCACCACGUCUUACAGAAAUAGCUGUUGGGAUCCUGGGUAAUAUCUGCUGUCAUGAAGCUGGUUUGGAGAAGGUGAAGGCAGACCAACAAGAAUUAAUGCAGUUGAUUGUGGCCUUGCUAAGUUGUACAGAUUCUCCAACUCUUGUGGAAGUGAUUAGGCUACUUUAUGCUGUUGUGUGGAGGGAGCAGGAAGCUGGAAAGGGGAAUGCUGAGUCCAAUAAACCCUCUUCUAUGUGGAUUAAUCUUCUCUAUAAUGAAGAAGCAUAUCAAGCACUUGUGUUUAUCCUCAAGAGCUCCACCAAUGAGGAUCUUCUCAUUAAGACAAGUCAGUUACUGGCAGCCAUCUUAAAUUUUGAAGGAAAGGCCAAAUUUUUCUUCAGGAUUGAUCUAGUACAGGGAGUUCUUGAGGCCAUGAAACAAUUUGGAAUCACAUCUGACAAACGGAUAUGUGAAGAGAUAUGGCCUGGCAUUCAGAGCCUGCUUUGUUGCUUGAAUCUUGCCCUUUGUUCUGUUCCUGAAUCAGCUGAAAUUCUCAGUGCAUGUUGGGAUGAUGUCCUCAAGAUCCUGAAUGCCACUUUGCAUCAUCUCUCACAUCAGAUCUCUUCCACUGUCCAGCGACUGAAUCAGAAUGGUCUUCAAAGUGUGAUUUGCAUUAUCAAUGUCCUCUCCCGUGUCACCUUCAUUUCUCCAUCCAUGGAUUCCCUGCAUUUUGUCCUUGAGCUGUUUGAUCACACACAGCAGGCACUCCAUCAGACAAAAGCUUUUGUGGAUGAAGAUGAGAAGCCUGUGCCCAGUCCACCUCCCCUUGAACAGGCUAUAAGUGCCUCUGUUGUUGCUAACAACAUGUUGGAUGUCUUGAGGGAAUUUUGUGUUCAUGUGUGUAAGCACUGUGUGGCCUCUGAUGAGAGUCAGGAGGAACUCAAUGAAUUUCUUUCCCGGUCACAGUACAAAACUCAGUACUUGGAGAUCAUUCAGGAGAGGCAGCCUGCUUUUCUGGACAGGCUUCAUGUUCUGACUGAGGCAAGUCCUCUGGAAAACCCCAACUUCGUGAAUGAUAAGGAUGUAUACAAGCGGAACAGCUUAAGGGGCGACAAUCCAAGGAGAAAAGGGAGCUACGCCACGGUAGAUAUGCUUCCUGAUGACAACUUUGAGGUUUCAGACAACAAAUAG